AACCCGGGCUGCCCAAGUGUAGCACGCCAGACUUAACCACUACGUCAUGGGGCUGCCUCCUGCCCUGUGACUUUUGAGGUUCUCCAGCCUGGCUGGUGGGGACAGUGCUGGCCCUGUGUGUGUUGGGCACUGUUCCCCCUCAUCCUUCUUCUGGAUCUUUCCCUGGCCCUGGGGAAGGAACUGCAUGUGCUGAUUAUGUUCUGCAGAAUUCCAGCGGGACCCCCUGUGGAUCCCCAGCGUUCCCUCUCUCUUCAGCUCUCUCCUCUUGGCAUUCUGUCAGGCAAACUCUGGCUGUCCUGGUCUCCCUGGACUUCAGCUCCAUCUCCUCAGGUCAGGAAACCCACCAGGCUCUGUGGGCCCCCUGCCUGCCGUGCAGCCUGGGGCAUGCUGGGGCUCACCUUCUCAUUGUUUCCGUCUCUUGGUGACCACUGUCCCUUUGUCACCUGAUGUUCGAUGUCUUGAAAACCAUUGUUUCAGAUGUUUUGUCUGGUUACUUGGUGAUUUAGGGUGGGAACCUAACUCUAGUCCAUGUUGUUCCAUCCUGGCUGGAAGCGGAGAGCUUAAUUGGUAUUUUUCUCCUUAGAAGGACCUUUCCCACGUAAGACGGUGUAGAGAAUUCCACAGUACAGACAGUCCUUACCCUGAAUGUAUUCAUGACCUGACAGGAGAGUCUGGCUGGUCCAGAGGGUGGCUGGGGCAGGGCCUGGUGCUCAGAGGGGCGGGGACACCUCACUGGUCGCCCUGGCCGGCCCCGCCCCUUGGGAGCGAGCCUCCGAGAACAUUUGUGUGGGCUGGAGGCUGUGUUUUACUCCCAGCACCACACACAGUCUCAGUGGCUUGUCCAAGGGCUGUGUGCACAGCCGAGCGUGGGAGCCGCGUCAGGGCAGGAAACCCCAGAGUGCUCGGGCUUGCCAGCGAGGCGCCCGUUCAAGAUGUUGUCAUGGGGAGAGAGGGGAGAACGGAAGUGGGAAGGGCCUGGUGUGAAUCACGCUGGCUGGGAGGCCUGGCUCCCGCCCCGGCCGGCCGGGCCUCCGGGCCUCUGGGUCUGGCUGCAGGGCUGGCCUUUGUCCCGCCCUCCUGUGGUGGAGUGCUGGCUCCUGGGCACAGAUGUGGGGCCGGGGCCCCUGGCCUGCCUGUGCGCUCAGGAGGUGGGGAGCCGGGGCUCGGCCGAGACCCACCCCUGGGCCCCCUUGGAUGCCUGAACUCCGCUGCGGCUGUGGAAAAUAUCCGCUGGGUCUGCAGCCUUGGGAAGGGCGGCUGAAGAGGCCGUAAAUCAUCCACCUCGGCACUUCUUGGCCUCGAGAGAGGUUUGCCUCUUGGCUCAUGGAGGAGCCAUCGGCUCUGUGAGGCCACAUGCCAGCAAGUGCCUCGGCAGAACUGGAAGGCCAGCCUGUGCACUCUCGGGUGAGAGACCCAGAUGGAGCCCUUGGAGUGAUGAGGGGAUGCAGCCCUUGGGGCUGCUCCUCACGGUCUUAGAGGUCGUCCUGGGCAAUGUCAGGUGAGCUUCCAAAGGGCAGGCUGAGACAUGCUGUGUGACAUUGGGCAAGGCCCUUGCCUCUCUGGGCCUGAGUUGCUGCAUCUAUCAAGUGAAGGGAUGUGCUGGAUUGUCCCAGGGCCCGUACCAACUCUAGAAACUCUCAGAGGCUCCCUUUGACCUGGGAUUUGGGCCCUCCUGGGGAUGCCAGGCUGGGGGGUGGCCCUGGAGGGACUGUGGGAGGGUCUGGGGCCUCCCAGAGAGCAUCACUGUGUCCCUGAGAGGAUGCCUGGCAGUCAGCACCUUCCCAGGCUUGGAGAGGCUGGACUUCCCAGGGCCAGGAGGUGGAGUGGGAGCUCCUCCCAGGGCCUGGAGUGACCUCUGAGGUUGUGUUAGGAGAUUUUGGGGACUUUCCCCUUUGGCACCUGUGUGGGGAGGCCUGUCCUGAGGUUGUUCUGGGGAGGUGACCACAUUUUAAUCAUCACCCGAGCUCUGUGCUGACUUGUCCCUGUGAGCCUCUAAUAGCACCUGCCUGCCUCCCGCUGGCCGGGCCAGGGACGACCCCCACCCCCACCCCCACCCCCGGCCUCCGUCAGCGCUUGGACCACAGAGUCAAUCUUUCCUUCUCGGCGGUUCGUCAGACCUCCCCCUUGUCUCUUUCUGCUCUGUUCUCAUGCCCUGAAGUUCUGUGUUUACCUCCUUGCAAAAAUCAAAACAAAAUCGCCAUAAUAUUUCCAGGUCCUUCUGGAAUCCCGCCCUGUCGUUCCUCUUCAUUAGGCAUACUUUUCUCUAAACCCUGUCCUGGGAAGUUCUGACCCGGAAUGCCCUGUUGUGCAAUCCCGAAGGGCGCUCUGGAAUCUGUUGAGCCGGGCCUUGUCCCGGCCGGGGAGAGCGGGCCGGGGGAGGCGGGACGGUCUAGACAGGCCGCGAGUCGGCUUGGUUGCCGCCAAUGCUGUUGCCAGACAUUUCCUCCCAUCAGAUUGCUGGUUUGGAUCUUGGUACAAUUUCAUUGGUUUUCAAAAUAAAGAAGAAUGGGUGUCCGGAGAAAGGUAGGUCACUGAGGAGAAAGCUCACCUUGUGGAGCUGACUUCAGCAGCCUCUUCCAGGCUAGAGUCUGGGUGAGAUGGCAAGCUUGGGGAAAUGACCCCGGGAGGGACAGUGUUGGCUGGGCUGGGCUGGUGAGUGGAGGAAAGAACCAGAGAGGCAGCCUGGGGCUUGUGGGGAUCCUGGAGCCAGGGUGGUGGAUGUCUUUAUCGUGGAGCACUUUAUCCCCUGGCCACACGGUCCCAGCCCGCGGCCAGCUGCUCCCCUCCCCUCCCCUCCCCUCCCCUCCUCAGUUUGUCGCUAGCUGGGGCGAGAGGGAGUCGCAGCUGGAACCCAGUGAGGAGGGGUGUGGAGGGUGGGGCAGAGGGGCGCACAGGGGUGCAGGAGCACCUGCUCCCAGCCCAGGAGCCACCUCGUCUGUCUGCCUCCAGCCCCUGGCCCACUGUUUCCUCUGCCCCUCCACCUUCCUGCUGGUGCUCAUUUCCUCCACUCCCUUCUCACCGACAAAACCAGCGUGGGCUGGGCCGACCUGGUUUUCAGCCCCACAUCGGCCUGUGACAUGGCACCCCCUCCCUGGGGUUGUGUCCGCACCUUGUAGAGGACUGACCCACCCCACAUGCGCCAGCGCUCGUGUGGCCGUCAGCCUCCCUUCUGACCUCUGAUGCUUGUGCUAAACUGGCCACGUGGCAUUUUGGGUGGUGCCACUGCUUGAGGGGUCUCUGGAGGGUUAAGGACAGUGUGUAACACAUUCAGCCCAACGCCUGCCCUGUGCGGGCGUCCCCCCUCCUCCAGCCCCAUCAGAGGUGACAGGUAUAUGUAGGCAGGGGGUGGAAGGGAAGGGAGCACCUGGCCCUUGCUGGUGCACGCAUCCAUCAUGGAGAUGUCUGUGCGUUAUGAUGGCCUGGGUCUCCGCCACUGGACACUAGUACCAGAAAGCUGUCACGUUAAUCCUAGGGCCCCUCCCUAGAGCCCUGGUUCCCUGCCCGCCAGGUCUGGGCAGGGGUCCCCAUCACUGACCAGGCCAGUGCUCCCUCUUGUCCUAGGGUUCAAGUUAACUCUGCUGUUUUUCCUAGAACUUUGGGCUUUUGCGGACCCAAAUGCCUGCCUCUUUGUCCUUGGAGUGCAGGAGGGGUCCUUAGAGAAAGUGCCGGCCCUCUGGCCAUUUCUGAGGUCUUCACUGUCACCUCCAUUGGUCCAGCAUCUGUCACCCAUCUUGCUGGCGCACCUCACCCCCGGAGUAUCCCAUCCCCGAGGGCGCUCUGCAGUGUGGGAGGAGGAGGAACUCGCCCAGGGCUGCACAGUGAAGGGCCCUCGAGGCGGGCCGGUGGGUCAGCUGCCUGCUUUCCAGGGAUGCCGGGCCUGCCCUCGUUGAGGCUCUGGGGUGUCCCGGUGCAGAGGACAGCCUUCCUGGUGUGUGGCUUCAGGCAGAUGCUGGGGUGGGGCUCAGCUGAAGGAGUGAUUGCUGGGGGCACCCCCGCUGGGUCUGGACCGUGGCAUCCUCCCUCAGCCAGAGAGCACGGCCUCCAGAAAAGGUUUGUUUCCCUUCUCAUGAAGGGGCAAAGUAGCAAAUUAGGCAAAAUAGCAGAUUAAGUCAGGCCUCGGUGCCGUGUCUGCAGCACAGCUGGUGGCUGAGAUUCAAGUGAUCAGAGGUGUGCACAGUGGCACCCACGGAGCUGUGUCGUCUCGUGCCAUGAGCGGCUGCAGGCACAAGGAGGCAGUUGUCACGGGCACCCAGGUGCCCUUCUGAGAGUGGGUAGCCCACGCUGGUGGCAGUCAUGGCCUCUAAGGAGGGGUUUCCAGGUUAGGGAGCUCAACGGGGGGGGGGGUCCCUGCCCUGGGAGGCAGAGGGUACAAGGCUGGCUGGAACAAGGUGUACAGAGUGCGCCUGCGACUUGGCCUGCUUUCUCGUGGAGUUAGCUCAGCAGCUGGCUGCGGGGCGGAUCUGUUGGCGGGCUCAUUUUAGAGAUGGAAAAACAGAGGUGCCGUGUUUGUAAGGAGCGUGCUGGAGGCCUCAGCUGCGAGGACGUCUGCUGGGAUUUGAACCCAGGCCUGCUGGUGUCAGGGGCUUUGCUCCUUCCCCACAUGGUCUCCAGCUCAGUGACCGAGAUGGAAACACAGAAGGGAGUAGGAGAAGAAUCCUGUGAGGAUCUCAGGACAAUAGCCAUCGUCUGUGACUGACUCAGCCACCAUCUUCCUACCUCUCUGCCCCCCCUCUUUUUUUCUUCUCUCUCUGCACCAUCCAUCCACCCCUCUAGCCAUCCAGUGACCAUUUAUUGAGCACCACUGGGAGCCAGCAUGCUGGCCUUUGGGGACACAACACUGAAUAAGACCUGGUUCUUGCCUCACAGAGCCCCCCAGUGUGGGGGCCGGGGCCGGGGAAGGUGGGCAAAUCAAUGGACCCUCAGGAUGCCAAGGGGCAGGGGCUGUGCUGGAGGUGGCACAGGCAGUGGGGGCGGCCUCACCCUUAGAUGGACACAGAGGCUCCCCUGUGAGAGGGCUGUCGGGCCUAUGGCUUGUCCAGACUCAGCACCAAACCCAGGCCUCCUGGCCCCCGUCUUUGCCCUGUCCUUCCAGAAAAGGGGAAGGCCCUCUGAGAAGCAGCCCAGCUCCCCUUUGGCUGUGGUUCCUCCAUCUGGAGAACGAUGGGGUGGGGCUAAAGAGACACCCCAAGGGUCCUUGACUGAGUGUUGUGAGGCUGGAGGGAUCUGAGGAGGAGACGUCCUUGGCUGGGAACUGGAUAGGCUUUGAGGCCAAGGUUAGGGUUUCACUGGAUGGAGAGAGAGGCAGGAGUUUCCAGAUAGGGGUCCACAGGGCAAGGCCCUGGAAGGUUCUGAAGCCUGGCAGAGAAGCCUCAGGGUCUCGCCCGGCCCUGUUCUUUGACCUUAUUACCACUGUGCCCUGGUGUGAACCUGUUGCUCCAGCUGGACUGGUCUUGGGUUCCAUGAGUGUCCACCCACCAGAGGCCCCCUUCCCUUGGGCCUCCCCAUACCCCAGGACAGACUCCUGACUGUUGUCACACUUUUGAUAGACUAACUGGGUCUCAGGUCUCUGUCCCCUUCACCUGGUGGAGCCUUGGCACCCACUGGCCAUCAUCACCGUUUGCUGAAGUAGGGAGAGGGGACAGGUUGGGUUGAGGGGACUUGAAGGCCUGGGAGGACCCGCUGCAACUGAGCUUCUGGUCCAGGGUCUGAGGGAAGGGAGAGGACCUGUCUCUUGGUGAGAAUCUAGUUUGUGAAGGUUGUGGGCGGCUUGUCCUGAGCAGGGAGCCCGGUGACAGCAAGGCCGGGCAUCCAGUGGGUGUUCAGGGGUCUUGCUGCUGUCUGGCCCCUGGGGAGAGCUCUCCAGGAAGGAUCAGGGAGGGGCCGGCUGGGAGACCUGGUGCUGCAGAGCCCUGCAGACAGGGGACCGCCUUCUAAUUACAGCCUCUGGCAGAAUGACAAGGAGCCACACUCUGUCAGCCGGCCUGUGCCAUCUUGUCCCCUGGAGGAAGUUCUGAUGCCCUCUCGGGACCGCCUUUGCUAAAGGCGCGGAGCAUGGAUUUGGCGUGUCAGUAAUGUGUUUGUGGGGUGGGGCUGUGAGAGGCAAGUCGGGGCCAAAACUCAAAAUCAUUUGUAAAGGAUUUGGUGGCAGGUUCUGUUGUAGGAGUGGGUUUUGUCAACAAGAGGGCCUGUUAGGUUUUCCCAGGCUAGCUGGCUGGCCAGGGCUCUGCAAAGCCGGUCCCUCUGUCCAGGGACAUAAUCCCAUAGCCCUGUUAGGACAUUGCGCUCUAAGAACUUUCCUACUGGGUCCCAAGAAGAGCCAUUCUGGUGGUGCUGACCCUCAGGGUUGCCCAGAUGUCCGUAUGCACCCAGCACAGAGGAGGUGCCCACGUGUCGGGGUCAGCCAGGCUUGGGCUGUGGGGGACCCUUCCACAGUGCUACCUGAGGCUGUGCUGGAGAGGGGGCAUCGCAGGCCUGGGCGGCAGCCCAGUAACCCAGGACACACUGCCCAAGUUGUCAGGAGCAGGGUUCUCACCUCCAGAACACACUCUGACAAGAUUGCCGGGUGGGUCCCAGGAAUUUGCUAAUAACACCAGAUACCCUACAGGUGUUUAUGUGGAUGUAAAUUUUUUUUUUUUUAAAGAAUUGAUGCUUCCAGGUUAGCCUUUUCAUGAUGUCACCCUCACUCAUGUGUACCCCCAUCCUGAGUGGGAGUGAGGGGCUGGGUCACAGCUGGGCAGCAGGUGGGCCUCAGCCUGAGGCCCACCUAGGGUGAGCACCUGCGGGCGCCGUGCAUGGUGGGAAGGUUGCCGGAGUUUGCUUUCUGCUGCUCCCCUUUGCACAGGCGCUGCAGGCAGAAAGGGCCGGCGCCCAGCAGGCUUGGGACAAGCCACUUCCUCUGGCUUUCUGGGCGCUUCCAUGCAUGUUGUGCUCUUCUGAAGGCCUUGAGAAGUCCUGCACUGAAGAACCUUGUUUCACGCUGACCCAGCGUUUCGAAAACACACAGAGCCCGGAGCUGUUGUUUCCCUGUUUUUAGAUGUCUCUCCAGUGACAGGCUUUUAAGUUAGCUCGGGUUUAUUGCUUUGUCUCUCCUGAGGAAGUUAAGAGCUGUAACAUUUAUUCCUUUGUUCGUGCAGCAGACGGCCAGUGGAAGUAGCUGAGUGCUUCUGAUUCUACUCUCCGGGGUGCAGGCUGCCACCUGGGACUAUGAGCCGCUAAGAUGGAGACGUCCGCCUCCGCCGCUGCCUCAGAGAAGAAGGAAGCCAAAAGUGGGAUCCUGGAGGCCACCGCUUUCCCCGACCCGGCCAGGAAGGCCUCGGCUCUAGCGGUGGCCACAGCGGCCGCGGCGGCGGUCGCUGCCCAAGGAGUGCCGCAGCAUCUCUUGCCACCGUUUCAUGCUCCCUUACCGAUUGACAUGAGACACCAGGAGGGAAGGUACCAUUACGAGCCUCACUCGGUCCAUGGCGUGCACGGGCCUCCUGCCCUGAGCGGCAGCCCAGUCAUCUCCGACAUCUCGUUGAUCCGGCUUUCCCCGCACCCCGCCGGCCCUGGGGAGUCCCCCUUCAACACCCCCCACCCGUACGUGAGCCCCCACAUGGAGCAUUACCUCCGUGCUGUGCACAGCAGCCCCACGCUCCCCGCCAUCUCUGCGGCCAGGGGCCUCAGCCCCGCUGACGUGGCCCACGAGCACCUUAAGGAGAGGGGACUGUUUGGCCUUCCUGCCCCCGGCACCCACCCUUCCGACUGCUACCACCAGAUGACCCUCAUGGCAGGCCAUCCCGCUCCCUACGGGGACCUGCUGAUGCAGAGUGGGGGUGCCGCCGGUGCACCCCAUCUCCACGACUACCUCAAUCCAGUGGAUGUGUCGCGUUUCUCCAGCCCGCGGGUGACGCCCCGUCUCAGCCGCAAGCGUGCGCUGUCCAUCUCCCCGCUCUCGGACGCCAGCCUCGACCUGCAGCGCAUGAUCCGGACCUCGCCCAGCUCGCUGGUGGCCUACAUCAACAACUCGCGCAGCAGCUCAGCGGCCAGCGGCUCCUACGGGCACCUGUCGGCGGGCGCCCUGAGCCCAGCCUUUACCUUCCCCCACCCCCUCAACCCGGUGGCCUACCAGCAGAUCCUGAGCCAGCAGAGGAGCCUGGGUUCGGCCUUCGGACACACACCGCCCCUGAUCCAGCCCUCGCCCACCUUCCUGGCCCAGCAGCCCAUGGCCCUCGCCUCCAUCAAUGCCACGCCCACCCAGCUCAGCAGCAGCAGCAACUGUCUGAGCGAUGCCAGCCAGAACAAGCCAAGCAGCGAGUCAGCCGUGAGCAGCACCGUCAACCCCAUCGUCAUUCACAAGCGCAGCAAGGUCAAGACGGAAGCCGAGGGCCUGCGACCAGCCUCCCCGUUGACCCUGACGCAGGAGCAGCUGGCUGACCUCAAGGACGACCUGGACAGGGAUGACUGUAAGCAGGAGGCCGAGGUGGUCGUCUACGAGACGAGCUGUCACUGGGAAGACUGCAGCAGGGAGUACGACACGCAGGAGCAGCUGGUGCAUCACAUCAACAACGAACACAUCCACGGGGAGAAGAAGGAGUUCGUGUGCCGCUGGCAGGCCUGCACGCGGGAGCAGAAGCCCUUCAAGGCGCAGUACAUGCUGGUGGUGCACAUGCGCCGGCACACGGGCGAGAAGCCCCACAAGUGCACGUUCGAGGGCUGCUCGAAGGCCUACUCUCGCCUGGAGAACCUGAAGACACACCUGCGGUCCCACACUGGGGAAAAGCCGUAUGUGUGUGAGCACGAGGGUUGCAACAAGGCCUUCUCCAAUGCCUCAGACCGUGCCAAGCACCAGAACCGCACCCACUCCAAUGAGAAACCCUACAUUUGCAAGAUCCCAGGCUGCACCAAGCGAUACACGGACCCCAGCUCUCUCCGGAAGCAUGUGAAAACGGUCCACGGCCCAGAUGCCCAUGUCACCAAGAAGCAACGCAAUGACGUGCACCUCCGCGCCCCCCUGCUCAAGGAGAAUGGGGACACUGAGGCCAGCGCUGAGCCUGGUGGCCAGGGCUCUGAGGAGAGUGCCGAGGCCAGCAGCACCAGCCAGGCUGUGGAGGACUGCCUGCACGUCAAAGCCAUCAAGACGGAGAGCUCCGGGCUGUGUCAGUCCAGCCCCGGGGCCCAGUCGUCCUGCAGCAGCGAGCCCUCUCCCCUGGGCAGUGCCCCCAACAAUGACAGUGGCGUGGAGAUGCCGGGGACAGGGCCUGGGAGCCUGGGAGACCUGACAGCUCUGGAUGACACGCCCCCAGGGGCCGACGCCUCAGCCCUGGCCACUCCCUCCGCGGGUGGCCUGCAGCUGCGCAAACAUAUGGCCGCCAUGCACCGGUUCGAGCAGCUCAAGAAGGAGAAGCUCAAGUCACUCAAGGACUCCUGCUCAUGGGCUGGGCCGGCUCCACAUGCCCGGAACACCAAGCUGCCUCCCCUCCCGGGAAGUGGCUCCAUCCUGGAAAACUUUGGCGGCAGCGGCGGGCCGGCGGGGCUGCUGCCCAACCCGCGGCUGUCAGAGCUGUCUGCGAGCGAGGUGACUAUGCUGAGCCACCUGCAGGAGCGCCGCGACAGCUCCACCAGCACCGUCAGCUCGGCCUACACGGUGAGCCGCCGCUCCUCCGGCAUCUCCCCCUAUUUCUCCAGCCGCCGCUCCAGUGAGGCCUCGCCCCUGGGCGCCGGCCGCGCCCACCACGCCAGCUCGGCCGACUCCUACGACCCCAUCUCCACCGACGCGUCGCGGCGCUCGAGCGAGGCCAGCCAGUGUAGCGGCGGCGGCGCGGGGCUGCUGCAACUCACGCCGGCGCAGCAGUACAGCCUGAGAGCCAAGUACGCGGCGGCCACCGGCGGGCCGCCCCCAACGCCGCUGCCCGGCCUCGAGCACGCAAGCCUGCGGACCCGCCUGGCGCUGCUGGACGCUCCCGAGCGCACGCUCCCGGCCCCCGGGCCGCGCCUGCUGGGACCGCGGCGGGGCAGCGACGGGCCGGCAUACGGCCCCGCGGGACCCGCGCCCACCUUCCCGCACGAGGCCCCGUGCGGGAGCGCACGGCGGGCCAGCGACCCGGGGCGGCGGCCCGAGGCACUGGCGCCCCCGCGGGUGCAGCGCUUCCACAGCGCACACAGCGUGCACCCGGGCCCACCGCCCUGCGCCGAGCGCCGCGGCCUCCGCCUGCAGGGCCACGCGGGCGCCGACAGCAGCCUGGCCUGCGGCGCCUACUCGCCCCGGCCGCCCAGCAUCAGCGAGAACGUGGUGCUAGAGGCCAUGGCGGCGGGGUCCGACGGCGCAGGGCCAGAGGCCAGCCUCGUGCUGCCCGAGGACGACCUGGUGCUGCCCGACGACGUGGUACAGUACAUCAAGGCUCGUGCCGGCGGCACCCUGGAGGAGAGCACCCAGCAAGUCUAUGCCCCACAAAGCACCUGCUUCUCCGAGAACCCCAAACUGCCCAGCCCCGGGCUGCAUGGCCAGCGCAGGAUGGUGGCUGCCGACUCUAACGUGGGCCCCUCAGCGCCCGUGCUGGGAGGCUGCCAGCUGGGCUAUGGGGCCCCCUCCAGCCUGAACAAAAACAGCAUGCCGGUGCAGUGGAACGAGGUGAGCUCCGGCACCAUGGACACCCUGGCCAGCCAGGUGAAGCCGCCCCCCUUUCCACAGGGCAACCUGGCGGUGGUGCAGCAGAAGCCAGCCUUCAGCCAGUAUCCAGGCUUCAGUCCACAAAGCCUGCAGCUGAGCCCUGGGGGCCUGGACAGCACGCAGCCACACCUUCAGCCCUGCAGUGCAGCUCCCCCUACCACCAGGGUAAAUUAUAUGCAGCAACUGAGGCAGCCAGGGACAGGUGGCCCGUGUCCCAGCAUGACCACCACUGUGAGCCCCCACACCAGCUACAGCCAAACCCACCCGCAGCUGAGCCCCAGUACCAUGGGUGGGGCCCUGGACCAGUUCCCCUCAUCCUGCAGCAACAUGGCAGCCAAGCCAGGCCACCUGGGGCUUCCCCAGCAGAUGGAAGUUGCUCCCGACCCCACUAUGAUGGGCAACAGCCGCAGGGAACUUGGGGUCCCCAAUUCCACUCUGGCUGGGAUGCCACUGCCUCACCUAGCCCAGAGCUACCCACAGCAGAGCCAUCACCUGGCAUCCGCCAUCAGCCAGGAGGGCUGCAGCCAGGGCCCCAACCUUCUGCCUUCCCACCAGCCUGGCUUCAUGGAGCCCCAGCAGGGCACGAUGGGGCUGGCUGCAUCAAGCUUUGGCCUAGUGCAACCGCGACCACCCCCUGAGCCCAACCCUGCUGGCCGCCACCGUGGGGUGCGUGCUGGGCAGCAGCUGGCCUAUGCCCGGGCCACUGGCCACGCCAUGGCUGCCAUAUCGGCCAACCAGGAGAUGGCAGAGUCUGUGCCCAAAGGAGUUAUGGGCACCAUGGUGUCCUUGCCUCCUCAGCCGCCCCCACAGGACACGGGCAGGGCCCAGGACCACAGCAUGCUGUACUAUUAUGGCCAGAUCCACAUGUAUGAACAGAAUGGAGGCCUGGAGAACCACGUAGGCUGCCCGGCCAUGAGGCCCCAGCCACCUCAGCCACAGGCCUGCCCAGAGAGCGUCCCGCCCCAGUCCUUGCCCUCACCAGGGGUCAACCAAGUGUCCAGCACCGUGGACUCCCAGCUACUGGAGGCCCCCCAGAUUGAUUUUGAUGCCAUCAUGGAUGAUGGCGAUCACUCAAGCUUGCUCUCGGGUGCCCUGAGCCCGAGCCUCCUCCACAGCCUCUCCCAGAGCUCCUCCCGUCUCACCACCCCCCGGAAUUCCCUGACUCUGCCCUCCAUCCCCACGGGCAUCAGCAACAUGGCGGUCGGGGACAUGAGCUCCAUGCUCACCAGCCUGGCCGAGGAGAGCAAGUUCCUGAACAUGAUGACCUAGGGCCCCAGCCUCUGGUGCUGAGCGGACCCGGAGGAACCAUCCCUUCCCCGAGCACAGGGCUUUUGUUCAUUUCGUCUUUUUCCAAAAAAGUAUUAAAUAGGUCUGAGGGGGUUUGCCAAUGGCUGGUUCAGACCACAAAUGCUUUAAGGGUGGGUUUAUGUGCAUCCUGUCUGGUCUUCCUUUGGAUUAUUUUUCGGGGAACACUGAAAGAAAUCUCGACAGGAAAAGCAAGGCAGGAAUGAAAACUUCAUUUACACAGUGCUUCCCAGCCUUGGUGUUUAUAGGACCACUCUGUUCUGGCUGCUUUGCCUCUGUCAUUUGGCUAAUGAGGGAUUACAUUGGCCAAGGGCUUUACAAGUACACAAGGAAAGAGGGUAGAGGAACCACAUUUGGGUUUGAAUCUGAAAGCCAUACUGGAUAUUCUCAUCUGGGAAGAGGAGCUUCUCAUUCCAGUACCUGCAAGGACAAGAAAUCCCUGGCCCACCAGAACUCUUCACUGAAGCUUAAUUCUUGAGGCCUCGAACGUCUCUUGCCACAGAGGAAAAAGAGAUUUUAUGUGGAUGGUUCAGAAGCACAUCCUGAUUCCAAGGUUGGUAGAGCUGGCAUCUCUACUCUGCAAAGCUGAGUUUGCAACUGGCAAACUGUCCAAGUGUAUGUGGAUGAGUAAAGUAUGGAACUAUUGCCAGAAAAAGGAAAGAAAAAAUUGUAAUACUCGGGGCCAGCCCAGAACUGCCCUGGCCUCUCCAGACCGUGUUUACUGUGUCCGUGCAUGUAGAAUGUAGCCCUUCCCGAAAACACUUACUUCUAAAUACCUCGGGGCUGCUGGAGCUGCUGCGGGUUAGGGAUGGACCGAGAUGAGCCAAAGCGUGGGAUGGGGACUCAGGAAAGAGAGUGCACCCGGGGCCCCUCCUGAGGCCACCCUGAGGUCUCCCAGUAGGAGGAGGAAGUCGCCUGUUUACCCAGUCCUGUUUCUCCACUGCACUAUCCACCUACCGUGGAAAGCCCCAGGGCUCAACGGCAGCCUCUGCUCGGGCUCCUCCGGGCCUUGCUGUCCUCUCACCGGCAGCCCAGUGGUCUGUGCCAGGCCACAACGUGCAGUCGUGGUAUCGUCUGCACACCAUUCCUCGGCCCUCCUGUGCAUUUCAUGGAGAACGAUGACAUGCAUGGUGUUGUGGGUGGGGGUGGGAGGGUGAGGGGGUCGAUUCUUGGGACUCUGUGGGACCAGCACUGAAUUUUCCUGUUCAGCGUGACCAAGACCCACCUGGAAAUGGCAUUUGGAACUAGCAUCAGAAGGCAUCGUUCCUGAACAUGCUGUUGGGUGAAUUGAUGCAUCUUCCCCACCACACAUGCAUACACACACACCUUUCCGUGCCGAAUUUGGGGCAGCCUCACCGAAACCAACUGCACCACUAUGAGCUUGAUUCUGACUAUGACCCUGGCUUCAACCAGGUCAGGGCCCACGCCUCCCCUGGGCCCUCUGCCUCUCAGAACGUCAAACUCAUUGUUAUGGUCCAAAGACGAGGCCAACUCCAGUAACAGCCCUGGGCCCCUCCAGGGGUCCCGGCUCUGCAGGGCGCUCAUUCAUCCCUGACCUAGGAUGUCUAUGGCCGUUCCCAGCCUGUAUAUAGUCUGUACAGAAGACAUCAGCCCUGAAAAUACUAUGGGUGAACCAUCCAGCCAAAUUUAUAUUCCAGACAUUUUUAGCUUUUUCUACAUGCUAUGAAUUGAGAUGACAUGCUCAACUUGUAAAUAAGUCUUUUUGUACAUUAAAAAAGUAAUUUUUUCAUAA